UCCAAUAAAUCAGCAUGCAGGAACUGAGAGCUCUGUCCUUGAAGAGAUGCACAGUGACCUUGCUUAUGCUUACUCUGGAGGAAUAACCAGGGGAAAUAUAGGAGCCCAAAUAGUGAGCAGUGUAUGACUAAAGGCACUGCAUUCUGCAUGCAAAUGCUACAGUACCGAAGGCACGGUACAGACGGCACGCUGCUACACAAAAUGCAGCUUUCUUGCUAGCCUGACCAGAUUGCUGCUGUUGUUUUUUGCAGGGGACUGAAUGAAAUCCUCAUGAUCGUUACAUGCUUGUUCAAUAAUAGCACACCCAGUCACGUCUCCUUGCAAGCACAUUUCGUUGGAAUCACUGAGCAGAAGCAAAGAAGAGCUGACGACUAUGUGUUUCCAACGCGGGUUGCCGGAGCCCUGUGUUUGCCAUUGGCUGCAGUUUUCUGGUUUAUUUGCAGCUUCCCCCAUCUGGAAUAUGAAAAUGGGAUUGAAGUAGAUAAUUGCUAGCAGCGGGUUUUCAAGAGAGGCUUAGAGGGAACAGAAUGCCUCUUGCACAGCACAGGCUGCCUGAGUUGAAAGAGCUCUGAAAGAUGAUUUUAGAUGUUACCCACGUCUGAAUCUCCUGGAAACUUUACCAUGGAAGCGAGCAAUUGCGCACAAUCCUGGAGCUAACAUCCAAAAGGGGCAAGGAAAGGGCAGCAGGGCCAAACAAUGGGAUACCUUGUCCUUGGAUUGCUCACAGAAAAGCCAGCAAGUGUUCCCCUCCUCUUCCCAGCAAAAAGGGCAUGAGGGUGACAAUGAACUGAAUUUUACCCAGCGGAGCUUCAGUGGCUUUUAAGAAGGAUGGGAUACACUGACCCUUCGUCAAGCAGGGAUUUGCUCGGAAACAGAACUUUGUUCUUCAUAUUCAUCUGCGCCUUUGCUGUGGUCACCUUGCUGCAGCAGAUCCUCUAUGGGAGAAACUAUCUCAAAAGAGGGCUGCAGUUUAGCUGGCAGAAUGGAGAGGAAUUGGCAAAUUGGACCGGCACCUUUAAUUUCACGGAUGACGGAGCAGUGAAGAGUGGCAGUGACACAGGCACCAGGUAUUUUGAGUUUUAUGAAGGGCCUUUGGAGUACAACUCUACCAAAUGCCUGGAAUUACGGCAGGACAUCAUUGAAGUGAAGGUUUUGUCUAUGGUGAAACAAACUGAAUUGUUUGACAGAUGGAAGAGCCUACAGAUGUGCAAAUGGGAGAUGAAUGUCACAGAAGCUAAUUUAUUCAAGUCUACUUUGUCGAGGUGUUGCAAUGCCCCUGCCUUUCUGUUCACCACCCAGAAAAAUACUCCCUUGGGAACUAAACUGAAAUAUGAAGUGGAUACUAGUGGAAUCUUCCAUAUCAACCAAGAAAUCUUCAAAAUGUUUCCAAAGGAUAUGCCGUACCACCGCUCCCAGUUUAAGAAAUGUGCAGUGGUUGGGAACGGAGGAAUUCUGAAGAACAGCAGAUGUGGCCGGGAGAUUGACAGCGCAGACUUCGUGUUUCGAUGCAAUUUGCCUCCUAUAUCUGAGAAAUACUUCACGGAUGUUGGGGUAAAGACGGAUGUCGUGACUGUGAAUCCCAGUAUAAUUACUGAGAGAUUUCAUAGGCUGGAAAAAUGGAGAAAACCCUUCUACGACGUGCUCCAGGUCUACGAGAAUGCUUCCGUGCUGCUGCCAGCUUUCUACAACACUCGCAACACGGACGUCUCAAUCCGGGUCAAAUAUGUCCUGGAUGAUUUUGAAUCUCAGCAAGCUGUUUAUUACUUUCAUCCCCAGUAUCUCAUCAACGUCUCACGCUACUGGCUCGGCCAAGGGGUGCGGGCCAAGCGGAUUAGCACUGGACUGAUCCUGGUGACUGCUGCCCUGGAGCUCUGUGAAGAGGUCCACCUUUUUGGCUUUUGGGCCUUCCCCAUGAACCCCUCAGGGAUUUUUAUAACUCACCACUACUAUGACAAUGUGAAACCUCGCCCUGGUUUUCAUGCUAUGCCCUCAGAAAUCUUCAACUUCCUCCACAUGCACAGCAAGGGGAUCCUGCGGGUUCAUACAGGGACCUGUAGCUGCUGUUGACAGGGAUACUUCUUCCUCUGACACAAAAGUGUAACAGGAACUUGAUGCCUGUGUAUGGUGUAGGAGGUUUUAUUACACCCUGAGAUUAUGCAAUAAUUGUUUGAUAUAAAUUUCCUCACGGCAUUGCAUCCCAUAGUAUCUAGGAUACCAGCGUCUUUCCUGCUAGCAGAGUUGGGUCCAUAACAGUGUAGGAGAAGCAAAACUCCUCUGUCCCAGGGUGUACACUGCCCUGGAAAGCAAGUCAGAUAAGAAGCACAUUUCCAAUAGGUUUAGGGAUAAACAGAGCACAUUAAUAUGGUUAUCAUUUCUCUAUGAAGAAAAGCACCAAACUUUUGAGGAGAAUCAGUGAUGGAGAAUUUUAGCACAGACUGUAUGACUUUACAUAGGUUUCUGAAUCAGGUACCUUGGGUCAUUGCCAGAUUUUAUUGAAAGCACUGUUCUCUGGUAUUCGGGUUUUUGAAAAUAGUCUUUAGCAUUAUAGUUUUAAGGGGAAGUAUGUAACUUGAGGUCUUUGUUGUGUAAUGUCAUGAAGUAUUGGUGAAAAAUAGCAGAUAGAUGCAAUAGGAAUAAACAAGAUCACUAUGAAUUUUUUCAGCUGAGGUAGAAAAGAAUGUUAAACUCCAAUUCACAGCAACAGGUAACUCUGUGGAUCAUGGUGUGCAAUUGUUUUAGAGUUUCUCUCUUCUUCUCAUUCUUGUGUCUUAUAUUUCUGGUCUCCUCUGCUGAUCAUGUUUUCUUUCUCAUUGUCUGUAAUGCUUUCCUUCUAGCUAAUGCAUGUGUGUAUUUCCUCCUACAGUGACCAUCUCAGUUUCAGAUUGGAGUUCUUGUUGAAGAAACAUGCUCCUUCACACUUCUGUAAGCUUUUCUCAGGCUGAAUAGCAAGGAGAUUGUGUAGUUAUAUUUUCUGAGUUGAUUUUUUGGUUCAAAUAUCACAGCAUAAGAUAAAAAAAAGCAUUUCCUGUUUGAUUUUUAUUAAAGACUUUGUAAGAGUAUCUAAAUGUUGAUUCACUGUUGUGCAGGUCGAGUUAAAUACUUUCAGGUAUCUGUGAUAAGUACUGGCAGAAAAUGGUUUUAAAAUACAGUGAAGAUACUUUGUGGCUUGGAUUAUGAUGCUUAUUUUAAAAUUAUGCAUCUCAAGAUGUCAGAUGUCUUAACGUGACAUUUUUAUAUGUUGAAAAUAUUACUAGGAUAGCAAAAGGGCUGCUGGAUUCUUUAAAAAGUUACCCAUGUAACUCUGUCAGUUAUGCCAAGCUUAAUUUUUUCACCUGAUACAGUCAAACUGGCAAAAUCCUGAUGCAGAAAAGAUGCCACAUAUUGCUGGAGUUUAUUUUGGUUGCUGAACCGUGGUGUAGUAGGCUGCUGGUAUAUGCCUUUUCAUACUGGUAUGAUACACAGGAGGGUGAGGUUUGCUGUUUCAGCUGUGCUGGCAUAGUUAAAUGAACAGAGUUUCCUUGUAUAAGUUCUUAGUCUGAAGCACUUGGGCUGUUGUCCAGUGCCUUGUCUUGUCUUACUUAGAUUACAGGACCUUUGAUCAAGGAUUUGGAGUUUAAAGUGCUAGUUCUAUAUGAGGGAUAAUUUUUGGGGGGGAGGGAGAGGGUUUAAAUCUGAAUCCGGACUUGGAUUUUGGUUUUGUAAUGCAUGAAUGCACAAAGCUUCUUUUAAAAGCCUCUGUGUUAUGCUGAGAGCUGUGAAAGUUGCUCAUGCUACAGAUAAAAUGAUCGAAAAGGAAGUGAAGCAUGAUGGUCACCAUUUCAAAAGUCCCUACUGACCAGCAGUGACCUGGAUGGUAUGUGAGAGUGUAUUUCCUUAACUUUACACUAGUCUCCAGAGGUCUGAUUAAUUUAAAAGCAACCCAUAUCCUUGAUAAAGGUGUCAGAGCUCACUUGGGAAAUACCAGCCAGGGGUAGGUGAAGGACCUGUGCUUAAACUUUAUAUAUUUGUGUUGUUGUGCUUUUGGUCUUAGAGUUAUACCGUGUGUUAGUGAGCACCACUUCGUGUUGGCUAGCUGUGAAAUAUGCAGCACACUAAGAAUGAACAUGUAGAUGAAAUGGUUUCCUUGAUUUAAUAUGCAAAAGAGAUCUUUGUCUUUGCUGUGUUUUGUAAAAUUAUGUGCAAAGGGCUUUGAUAAUGAAGUGCUGUAAUGAAAGUGCUAUUUAGAGAGCAAUGUGACCCUGUGGGUUGGCCAUCUUGCUGUGCAUUAAGCUUUAUGAUAACAGGAAUGGUGCUGAAGCCAGUACCUAGAGCCCUUGCUCCUUAUUCUGCCUGAGUAUGGGACUAGUAGUGACUUCAGUAUUGCUUUGCUGCUGCUGCUUUGCUAAGGUUACCUUCUUUAAUAAGGGAUUUUUCUUUACUAUGGUGAUUGAAGUGAACAAAAGCAACCGAAAGGAGUCUGCUAUGUUGCAAAUGAUACUUCCAAAAAGAUGGGAAAGCACUUGAGAAGCAUCCAUAUGUUCGAAAGAAAUGGUGCAAAUCCCUCUUUUUAAUUGCAAAAAUCCUUUUGGACUUUUCGGACAGACAAAAGGAUAAGCAAAACCGUAAUUAUAGUUAAUCUGUAAUUACAGGGUUACAGAUGUUUCCUUUCCUUUGUUUGCUUCAUAUAAAUAAGCAAUGUAGAUUCACCUAGGCUAUACUGUAAUAAGUGCAGUUUUACUGUGUUUAGAUUUUGAUUGGUUAUAAAUCUAUAGCUACUCUAUUUUUUUAAUGAUUUGAAAAUGUGUGUGCAGGAUACUUGCACAUAUGCACCAAAGGCCCAAUCUUGCCACAUUUAUCUGGAAAGAGCUCCCAUUCAAGUGGAUGGGUAUUUUAUUUGUGUAGGGACUGCUGAAACAGGCCCAGACAUGUCUGUGAAGGUGUACAUAGGUGUAUAGUUAGAUAUAAGGAAUGAUUUGCAAGCCAGAAAGAUACUUAAAGAAAUAUAUAUAAAAUAGUCCUCAAGCUGAAAUGCAUGUUGCAAUGUGUUUACUUUCUGAUUCAUUUUUCAGAUGUUGCUCAAAAAAUGAUUGAAAAACUAUGGCACUUUUCAGAAAUGCCAUAUGCAGAAGCUUUCAGAUAUUUUUUGGCCUCCUUACCUUGCACUGGGUGCUGGAAAAUCAGAUUCCUGCUGCUGCACCGCAGCACCUGUGGGGCCGAGUGGAAAUGGUGUGGUGGCAGCUUGCAGGAGCAGGGCCUGAGGAUGGACCCUACCUGCUGCUCUGUUCUCCAUGGGUGGCAAAUAAAUACCGCCUGGGAGAUUUUAGCUAGGCGGAGGUCACUACCUGUGCCAUGUCACUGUGGGGUGCAUGAUCCAGCAGCGACCAGCCUGAGCUUCUGCCCGUCCUGCUUAAAUGGAUGAAAAGAAGGGCUGUUGCAGAAAGAAGGACCCUCCUUGUUUUCUGCCAUGAUUCUUUUGUGUAUUGAGCAUAAGAAAAUACUCUUCUGACAUCAAGAAUUUGUCUGAGUUUGAGGCUAUUUUCUUUUCCUUUCUCCCAUUGCGGUCAAAGCUCCAAAUGUCCAAUCUUAACCUUCUGUGAACAAUGGGAUACCUGAGUGAUAAGAAGUGACCGUCACGAAGCCAGGUGUGUUUGCUCCACACUGUUAUGGCAAGUAAAGGACGUGCAUAGCAUGUCAUGCUUUCCCACAGAAAAGGUUGCAGGCCCCAGAGAAAUCCCCCGAUACAAAAAUCUGAUCUGUCCAAGAAGAAAUGCUGUCAGCUGUCUGGUACCACGUCCUGAGCUCAAGCUGUAAUCCCAGCUCUGUUGCUGAGGAUAUGAAAUCUGAGACAGGGAGAGAGAAAAUUAUGAUAUUAUGGUUUAAUCUCCAACUCCUCAUAUUAUUUAGGAGAAUCUCUUAAGAAGUUCCUGAGAUCUGCAUACACUGGUAAUGCAAAUUCAGUCAGAAAAACUCCGUUUUUCUGCUCCUCCGUUAUUUUCAGGUCAACAGAGGAGGCUUAUGAAUCUGUCAGUGCUUUCAUGAAAGGGAAGGAAGUAUUUAGUCAAAAUAGUUUAGCUGCUUGCUUUUGAUUUAUGAAAUCCAGCUUUGCUGUUGGACAGAAUGGAUUAAAUGGUGAUAGGGCCAUUAUAAUAUUUUAGCAUAUUUUCUGUGAUUGCAAUGGAGUUGUCAAAGCCAGCUCAUGAAUUGCAAAGGGAGAGCCAUGCCGUGGCAGCUCCUCCUGCUGCGAUCUCGAGGAGGAGAGGCACCAUGGUGAGUAGGUCCGGGGCCGCCUGGAAAAGCGAUGUAAAGGGAAUAUAGGAGAUUGCAACAACAGCUCUGGUCCAGAGCCUUUAGCGCUGUGGAGUAACACAGCAGAGAUGAUAGAUGAAGCUUCAGAGCUUGCAACGGGCAGGAGUAGCUCCCCUGGUCCCCGACAAAAGCUGCCCUCUUGCAGGCUUGACUGAUGAUAAAUUAAAGGCGAUGUUCACUCAGGAUGGUUAGAUGUAGUAGACAGAAGGAAAAGAUGUAGUAGAUGGAAAGAAAUCAACUCUAAGAAUAGUCCGCUCUGUGGGGGUUCGGUGAAUCAGGAGGAAUGUUGCUCAGACCUUGAAGGUGAAAACACUGGUGGUGACGCAGUUCCGUGGGUGGACUGCCCGUGCUCGGCUUUCCAUGGCAGGAAGGAGCAAUCUCUGGUUUGCAUGUGAGGGAAACCGAGGCGGAUAAAACACUGAGACAUGGAGCAAGAGGGAAUCUAUCUUUUUUAAUCUUCUGAGGCCUGGUGGCUUGCCAGCAAAGCUCUGAUUGUAGAGAGCAGAAGCUUGGGUAGUGAAAAUGGAGAGCUCUGAAAUGGUCUUUUCCCCUGGCUGGCUUGCAUCCGAGCGUACAGAGAACCUUGGAGAUUUUACAAGUAUAUGAAGAAGGAAACAGCAAAUUCCGGUAAUUCCUAAGGGCCAAAUUCCCUUGGAAAUUCUGGAGUGAGCUGAGAUUUUAGGAAUAAAAGAGUCAGUAUUUAUGCUUAGGGCCUUUUCCAAAAUCCAGUGAAGUCUGUGGAAGGUUCGGUGUACUUCAGGGCAAGCCUCCAGAAACAGGCCCUGAUCAUGGGCAGGAAGAGCAGCCUCUUGUUUCUUACUCAUUUGUUUUCAGAUACAUUUUUUAAUGUAUUGUAGAUAUGGUGCAGUAGCAAUACUGUGUUUUUAAUGGUGUGCAUAAAGAACAAACUUAUCUGGAAGCAGAAAUGUUGCGACUGUCACUCUCCCUUCCAGAUUUUGGCACUUUUCAUCCUUUCAAACUCAUCUAUGCAAAGCAUUUCAUUGUGGUAGUGUAAAUCACCAUAUGAAAUCACAAAUGAAUCCUCUGUACCUGACUGUAUGUAUGCGAAUUACAUGCCUCGAGAAAAGAGUUUUUUCUGCUUGCUUUAAAAUACCAGCAUGGAACUAAUCAGUGAUAUGAAUGUGUUUAAGGCAGGAUUCAGCCCAUUCCCUUUGAAGCCAGCACAACAUUGGCUUUUGGCUUCAACAAAAAAACCCCACCAGGUCAAAUGCUUCUAAGCCAAUAACCUGCAUCUCCCCCAAAACCCUCCCAGACUAUUACCAUUUUAUGUCUUAUUAUCAUCCUGUCUAAUGUGGGUGAGGCUGCUGGGCAUCCCUGUGCUGUCUGCAUGGUAUUCAAAAUCAACAAGCAAUUGUACUUAAGUGCUUUUAAAAAUAAACUUAAGGGAAACCCAAAUGUACGCUAGGCGUUAGAGCGAGGGAGCCUGAGUCCCAGGCCAUGAGCACCCCCAAUGCUCCCCGAAGCCCUGAGCAUCUGAGAAACAUCAGAAAGGAGGGACUGGGCCAUAGUGGGAAACUUAAAGAAAGACAAAUCUGCCUCAGCGCUUCAAGGAUUGAAAGCUGUAAAUAUGUUACCGACAUGUCUGACUUUCCCUUUAGAAGCCAUAAAUGUUCUCGGUGUUUGAUCUUUGGGUAAGCUGAUGUAUGUUUUUAACUGUACUAAUCACUGUAAAAUGUGUUAGCAUGUAAAAUGGUGACAAAUUAAGCCAGCAAAAUCAGAUACUGUGUUGGCUAGCUCUCGAAAUGUCUGUUCUGCCUGAAACUGUCUGAUGGACCAAGACGCUGAAGUAUCUCCAGUGCUCCAUUUGGCUUAUGAAGACUCUGGUUAUUACCUGCUUUAGCAGCGGGAAGCAAGCAGAACUGAAUUAAUCCCUUUUUGUUAACCUUGUGUUGACCAAGUGAUACACACUUCUGUGUGACACUAGAGCCUGUCCCCUUAGAGACGAGGAAAACUGCCUGUACCUGCUCUAUCUGGGACAGGACGUGGUGAUUUUUGCUUCAUUUCUGGGUCCUCCUUAUUGUCAACCAUGAGGUCCCAGAUCAAACCUCUGCGUUCAGCCCAUGUAAAUCGUAUUGAACAGCUGCUGCCUGUUGAAUAUGUCCCCUGUUUUCACCUGGUGGGAAACAAAUGCUUAGUUUGGAAAUAGCGGAGCAAAACUAUGUGUCUUCACGCUAGGGGAGCUUGGGCUAUUACAAAAAUAAAGUUUGUUUCAUGUUUGUUAUUUCUGUAAGGCGGUGACGGUGGGGGUGGAGAAACAAAAGGACAGUCAUGGUAGUUUCAUGCUGAUGUUAAUCCCUUGUGUCCAUUGAGUCACCUUUUUUUUUUUCAACCUUCCACCCUGUAAUUUUUGCUUAUUGUUUCUGUAGCUGUAUUAUGGUUGUAAUAGAAAGCCUAUCAAUUGAUGUAAGCCAUAACUAAAACAGUAAUCAGGGUAUAUUUUUGGUCUGUGUCACUGUGUUUGAAAGAUGAUUUAAUUCUAUUGAAUAAACCACUUUAACAGUUUUAUGGGAAA